CAUUCCACAUCUCUCUCUCUCUCUCUCUCUCUCUCUCUCUCUCUCAUGGAGAACUCGAAUCUCCGUAGAUUAUUCCCAAUCUUGAUACACUCAUCGAUCCAAAGAUGCCGCAUCUCGGAAUCGCUCUGCCGAUUAUCGGUUUCGCUCAAAUGUUUCCGCGAUUCAAAUCCCCCAUCGAUGCGAAUCUCGAUUUCGGACACUGGAAUUGGGAGUAGCUUGGUGGAGUUUCAGGAAUUGGUGGGCUCUGAGAUGAUACCUCUUUCCACUACAAAAUGGGUUUAUCAUGCACUCCUCUCUUUUGUUGCAGAUGGAUUGCUGUUAAUCACUACUACUGGAAUACAGGACAAAGAUAUCCAUCACUACCACUUAAAUACAAGAGAAGCACUUUCUUCAAAAAAGAGGCUUACCAAGUUACCUCCCACAAAGAAAUCUCACGGAAUAUUCAGUGGAACUGAAGUGUGCCUUUCGAUGGCGGAAGAAGAGAAUAUUGAUGGUUCCAUUUUGUGGAUGGCUAGCUUUAUUCGAAAGAUGCUCAUACUAAAACCUCCUAACAUUGUAGUCGAGCUCAUAGUUGAGCAAGUCGACAACCUCGGAACAAGAAGCAACCGUCCUUUCCAAGGAACCAACGAUGUUCAUCUGCCUCUCUCAAUUCCGAGUAUUGAACGGCUAGCUUCUGGCCUUAAAGACUAUGCUCUCAUGCAUGGGAAUUCUCUUCAUAAAGAGUGCCAGGUUUGCUGUAGUAGUAGAGAACACUUAAAGGUUGGAAGGGGAGUGGCAAACAGCGCGGAUAAUAUAAGAGGCGAAGGAAAGACGGCCGAAGCAGUGAUAGUGAUCGCGGCUGUCGCAUCACAACCUUGCUGUUGGAUGGAUAAUUCUUCGGCCGCACAGGUUCUAUUUUUUCAAGAAUUCGCUCCAUCACCAAUCCCAGAACCGUCUAUAAACGCACUAGCGAGCGUCGAUUGGCAUAACUAUGGUUUGAAGUUGAAGGACAAACAUGUGGAUGCAGAUGGAGAACUAGUGCUUGAAUGGGAGAAAAAGUCAUUAUUUGCUCGCAUGGAUAUUGGCAUCCACAGUUACCAUAGAAGUGCGAGGCUAACACGGAAGAGAUCUCCACCUGACAGAAACCUUGUUAAGAGGGCGGUUAAGGCUGCAUUGGAUGACUUGAAGGCAAAUCACACUGGACUGUUCCUCAGUUCUCAGGCCGUGAAGAUUCGAGAGUACGCUCCUGAGCUCUCGAGAUCGAUCGCCGGCCUGAUCAUGUCGUCGAACGAUUCAGAAUUCCGAGGCGAGUGUGCCGCUCUUCUCGGGCUUCCCGCAGGUAACUCCAAUAACGCCGAGGAGAUGAUUGAAUCUUGCAUACGCGACAAGAUUAUCAAGAUCAUCGGACUGAACGAUAAGAAGCAGCCCAAAGAGAACAGGGACAACGCGCCCUGCCUCUUCGAAUGCGAGAACUCAAGCGAACUCGAAGAAGAUGAGUGCUUUGGAGAGGACCAAAUGCUGGACUUCUGAGUUAACAUAUUUGGUUGUUAACAGAUUACAAAAAGCGCGGCUUAGAUAGCCAAGACUCAUUACCAGAGCUCGAAAGAGAACGCACGGCCAAACGAUGGGCUCUACUUAGUUUGAACAUCGGGUAACUUCUCCAACCAUCCCUUUAUAUCUUCUACAUUAUUAUUUGACAUGAUUUGACUCUCUCACCUAUUUUUGGGUAUUCGUGUUGAUGGAGCAUUCAUGUUUCAAUAGCCUUUAAGGU